UAUAUUCUUUCUCUUCUUUCCCCUUUUCUCCCUCUUUCUUCUCCCUUCUUAUAUUUAACUCUGGACUUGUUUUUACCUCCCUUUUGCGUUCCAUGUAUGGUUUCCUUGCUGCUUCUGUCUCAUGUCUUCUUCUUCUUCUUCACCUACUUUCAUUGCAUAGCUGGCCUAAUUCUCUACUUGUCCCUUUUGAGUGUUUGAUUUUCUGGUUCUUCUCUGCAUUUUUGUGCUUGUUUCUCUCUACUCUUUGGAUUUUUGGGUGUUGCUACACAGUAUUUGGCUCUCUGUCCCUUGUUUUUUCAUGUGUUCUUCCUGUUUUUUCAUGAAUUUCAGCCAGAAGAUUUGUUCAUUUGAGGUGGGCUGAUGAUGGGUACCUGCCAAAUGUGAAUCCCUCACCAGAUUUAAUGUUUUUCCUUUCUGGGUUGGCAGAAUUUUGUGAUUUGAUGGUUGGUUUUAGAUAAAAUUUGGUGGAAUCUUCAAACAUUUUUCCCUCAAAAGAAAAUCAUGGAAUUGGGUUCAUCUGGUGAGAGGAUGAGAGGGGAAAAGGAUGAAGAAAAAGUGUUGAGUCCUAUGUUCCCCAGGCUUCAUGUCAAUGACACAGAGAAAGGAGGCCCAAGAGCCCCUCCAAGGAAUAAAAUGGCUCUCUAUGAGCAGCUUACCAUUCCUACACAAAGAUUUUCCUCUGGAUCAGCUUCAGCCACUCCUCUUCCAAGCAGCACUCCGGCUCCCUUGACAUCGUCCAGUCACUUUUCUGGCCAAAAAAGGGGCAUUUUCUCAGCGUCCUCCAAGUGCUCUGUACAGCCUAAUCAGGUUGAGAAACUUCACUCUUAUUCUUCUAGAGGAGUUGUGCAAAGUAACGAGGCAAAGUUGCUAAAGACAAGUCUGGUAGCAACGGGAUCAUUGUCAUCAAAUCCACAGCGCAAUUCAGUCACAAAGAUUAAAGUUUCAAAUCUCAAGAACUUUUCUUCGACGGAUGCUAGAGAAAAGGAUGACGAGUUCAGUAUUCCUGCCUCAGACCAGCCUAUAACUGGUGUGCACAAUCAUGAUAGGGAAAGGAUGUCAAGCAGGAGUAUGAGCUCUUCAGCACAAAUUGGAAGUGCUUGUGAACCACAGGCCAAUAUAGCUGUCACUAAUCUUACUUCUAGAAAAUAUGUGGGGAAUGAAGGUGCGGAGAAUCCAAAUUUGACGAAGGCUACUCGGGAUCCUGUGGAGAGACCUGUAUUGAUUGCUUCAGCCACUGGUAAGCCUUUGUUAGAGGCAAAUGCUUGCCCUUCAACAAAGUAUAAGGACUCUGAAAAGACAAAGCUGCCUCAUCCAUCCAUGGUUAAAGAAAACUGGACUUCAGUCAGCAAUUCAAACAGACUUUUCGAUGCAAACGUGAGAGUAUUUGUAGAAAGUUUGACUGAGCGAAACUCUGAAGUUGCCCAAGACAAGGUGGGGUGCACCCAAGUUACCGGUUUGGAAAAGUCAUCCAUGGUGAUUAGAGAACCAUGUUCGUUGUUGUCGCCUAGAGUUAGCGAUAGAAAUUUCAAAAACCUCGAUAACUGCAACAGGACGAAUGAGUUCGAGAAGUUCUCUACUGUGCAUUUGAGAGACGUAGAACAAAAAGACAAUGCUUCAGAUGCUUCCUUAGUCGAUUCAACUACAGCUCCAAAUAUGUCACCUGAUGUCAUCGUGGGGUUGAUUGGCGAAAAACAAUUCUGGAAGGCUAGAAAAGCAAUUGUUCAUCAGCAAAGGAUCUUUGCAGUACAGGUGUUUGAGUUGCAUAGACUCAUAGAGGUUCAAAAAUUCAUUGCUGGAUCACCACACAUCUUACUUGAAGACUACUUAGAGAAACCAUUAUCAACUCUAUCUGCUGUUAAGAACAAGCUAACUGAGUGUGCUCAACAACCGGUUUCAGAAAGCACCAUGGUGAAGGACCAUCAUCAACAGCCCAAUCUCAUUCUCAGCAGCAAAUGUGCAGAUAAGAAUCCUGUUGCUAAGCUUCCCUUACCUUCUUUCAACAAGGACAACAGUAAACUUGCCCCUACUCAACAAACAAGCUACGAGCUUCGAGACACGCCACAAACUCCCACAGAUGCUGCUCCAAAAUCAGAUCCCUGGUGUUUGAACCACCCUACACCAGGAAAUCAAUGGCUGGUUCCUGUCAUGUCCCCUUCUGAAGGGCUUAUUUACAAACCAUAUAGAGGGCCAUGCCCUCCAAGUGCAGGAUUCAUGACACCAAUGUAUGGUAACUACGGAACAAUGAGCCUAAAUACAGGCAGUGGAGCUAGAGACUUUUACACUCCAGCUUAUGCUGUUCCUGCUUCUCACCAUCAAGGGUUUGGAUAUUUUCCUGGCACGAUUCCAUUGAACCAGACGUACUUUCCACCUUACGGUGUACCGGUAACUAAUCAAUCCAUGUCAGGGUCAGCUCCAGAUCAAAUGAGUCUUUUUGAUAAAGCCAAGUCUAAAGAACAGGAAAACCAGAUAUCAACUAGGGACAUCAACUACUUGACGCAUCAAGAAAACUCAUGUGAAAUGCCGAGCCAAACAAGCCAUUCGAUGCCAUUUCAGGUUCGGAAAUUUCAUCGAUCAAAGGGAAGUGAGUUGUUGGGAAGUACAGCUAGUAGCCCCUCUGAGAGAGGUGAUGGAGAUGUGCUUCCUCUUUUUCCUACUGAGCCACCAGCAGUUGAGGAGUCCAGUCCAAAUGCAGAAAUCAGUGAGAACAAAUCAAGGGCAAUUAAGGUUGUACCGCACCAUCCUAAAACUGCAACUGAAUCAGCAGCUAGGAUAUUUCAGUUAAUACAAGAAGAAAGAAACCAACUAUGAUGUAUCUUAAAAUUAUAUUUGUAGAAAUCAACUUUUACCCACUCCAUUUUGCU